AUUAUUCGAAACAUUCACCGCGCCCAGCUGAUCAACCCGCAUCCUUCACUUGCAUUCCGCCGUCGGCACAGCGUGGGCCAGCCCGGCUUCAUUGGUUGGGAGUCCCGAGAGGCCCGCAGCGCCAGCUGCUGACGCGCGCAAGCUGAAGCUCAGCGAGCAGCAGUGCACACACGGCCGGCGGCUCCUUGAGAAAAAGAGCAGCACAGGGCGCCUAGGGCAGCAGCAACGGCCUGCGGAGCAGCAGCAGCAUGGAGCGCAAACGCAAGCUGGAGGUGUAUGAUGGGGUGCCGCAGGCGAAUGGCGGCGGCGGUGCCUACCAGAACACGGCGGCGCCGCCCGCCGGCGACCCCCACGCCAAUAUCAAUCCUUACACGGGACGCAGCUAUAGCGCACGCUACCAUCAAAUUUUGUCCACGCGUCAGGGCCUGCCUGUGUGGCAAGCCAAGGCCGAUUUCAUCAACAUGGUGAACAGCAGCCAGACAAUCAUCCUGGUGGGUGAGACGGGCAGCGGCAAGACGACGCAGAUUGCGCAGUUCAUCGCCGAGGCAGGCUACUGCGCCGGCGGGAAGAAGGUGGUGUGCACGCAGCCACGGCGGGUGGCGGCCAUGUCCGUGGCGCGGCGUGUGGCAGAGGAGAUGGAUGUGGCGCUAGGGGAGGAGGUUGGCUACUCCAUUCGCUUUGAGGAGUGCUCCGGCCCCCGCACCAUCAUCAAGUUUGCCACCGAUGGCAUGCUUCUGCGUGAGGCCAUGACCGACCCGCUGCUGGAGAAGUACAGUGUGAUCAUCCUGGAUGAGGCGCACGAGCGCACGCUGGCCACAGACGUGCUAUUUGGCCUGCUCAAGGAGGUGCUGAAGCAGCGGCAGGACCUGAAGCUGGUAGUGAUGAGCGCGACGCUGGAGGCGGAGAAGUUCCAGGGCUACUUUCUGGACGCGCCGCUCAUCAAGGUUCCGGGCCGGCUGCACCCUGUGGAAAUCUUCUACACACAGGAGCCGGAGCGCGACUAUCUGGAGGCCGCUAUCCGCACCGUGGUGCAGAUCCACUCGUGCGAGGGCCCUGGCGACAUCCUCGUCUUUCUGACGGGAGAAGAGGAGAUUGAGGAUGCAUGCCGAAAGAUCACCAAGGAGGUGAACAACCUGGGUGACAGCGUGGGCCCCAUCAAGGUCUACCCCCUCUACUCCACCCUCCCCCCGCAGCAGCAGCAGCGCAUCUUUGACCCCGCGCCGCCGGCGGCACGCCCCGGCGGCCCCGCCGGCCGCAAGAUCAUUGUUUCCACUAACAUUGCCGAGACUAGUCUGACCAUCGAUGGCAUUGUGUUUGUCAUCGACCCCGGUUUUGCUAAGCAGAAGGUGUACAACCCACGCAUCCGGGUGGAGAGCCUGCUCGUAUCCCCCAUCUCUCGCGCAUCUGCGCACCAGCGCGCCGGCCGUGCGGGACGCACCAAGCCCGGCAAAUGCUUCCGGCUCUACACCGAGGCCUCCUUCUACAAGGACCUGCAGGAGCAGACGUACCCCGAGAUCCUGCGCUCGAACCUGGGCUCCGUGGUGCUGCAGCUCAAGAAGCUGGGCAUUGACGACCUGGUGCACUUUGACUUCAUGGACCCUCCUGCCCCCGAGACACUCAUGCGUGCCCUGGAGAUGCUCAACUACCUGGGUGCCCUGGACGAUGAGGGCAACCUGACGCAGGUGGGCACCGUCAUGGCCGAGUUCCCGCUCGACCCGCAGCUGUCCAAGAUGAUUGUGGCGGCACCCGAGUUCAAGUGCUCCAACGAGAUCCUGAGCAUCGCCGCCAUGCUGUCUAUUCCCAACGUCUUUGUGCGGCCGCGCGAGGCGAUGAAGGCGGCAGACGAGGCCAAGGCGCGGUUUGCCCACAUCGACGGCGACCACCUCACGCUUCUCAACGUGUACCACGCCUACAAGCAGCACGGCGAUGACAGCGAGUGGUGCUAUGCCAACUUCCUGAACAACCGCUCGCUGAAGAGCGCAGACAACGUCCGCGGCCAGCUGGUGCGUAUCUGCACGCGGCUGCAGGUCCAGCUUGUGUCCACUGACUUCAACUCCCGCGACUACUACACAAACAUACGCAAGGCGCUGGUGGCGGGGUACUUCAUGCAGGUGGCGCACCUGGAGCGCACCGGGCACUACCUCACAGCCAAGGACAACCAGGUGGUGUACCUGCACCCUUCCACCUGCCUGGACCACAAGCCCGAGUGGGCCCUGUACCAGGAGUUUGUGCUGACCAGCAAGAACUACAUUCGCACUGUGACCGACAUCAAGGGCGAGUGGCUGGUGGACCUGGCGCCCCACUACUUCGACAUGACCAACUUCCCGGCGGGCGAGGCCAGGAGGGCGCUGGAGCGGCUGUACGCCAAGCGGGAGAAGGACCGGAGCGGGAGGUUCUGA